AUCCUCUCCCUCCCCCUCGAACUGCGCGAACAAAUCUACAAAGAAGUACUAGCCAACCCUUCGCAAGGGCCAGGGCUUUUAAUUGCUUGUCACGAUAUUUACAACGAGGCCCACAAGUUCCUAUUCCAACGUCCGCUAUCCUUCCGGAACCAGUCAGCCUUGUGGGAAUGGCUCAUGAAGGUGCCAGGGAAGCACCUUCACUACGUCACCGAAGUAACCCUCGGACUUGAAGAUGUCAAUCUUUCGCCGCUGCUCACGAUACCUAUCAAGCCACACGGUGACUCUAAGCCUCGGCUUUUGACAUGGGAGCUUUAUGAACAAGAGUUGGAGAAGCUGUAUCGAGUUCUAAAGAAAUUGCCACACUUGAAGACGCUGACUAUCAAGGCCCUUCCAGACUGUCAGUCUUUCUUAUACCACGGGUUUCUGACUACAUUCCUAGGGCAUCUGGGCUCGCUCUUCCCUAGUCUCUGGCACUUGACCUUGAGGGGGAACUUCCAUCAUCAGACCCUAUCGUUCCUCACCCCGCUUGAGGAGCUCCGAUAUCUGUCUUUUGAUGGGUUUUCUUCAACUCCACCCACUAAGACCGCGGAAAUCCUAUCCAGUCUACACCAGCUCACGGAUUUAUCACUCGCCUCCCUCCACGCUCUCCUCACACCAGCCGAUUAUGUUCACCGUAGCUUCACAUCCAGCCAUCAGUCCUUCACUGCAGACGUAUUACAAUCUAUCAACGCUCUGACCUCAUUCCACAUUACCGAAAAUAUACAACCCGCGUCACCGACUGGAUUGUAUUUCACUCCCCAGAUUCUCUCAUCCCUCCACUUCGCACACAACACCACGCUCAUCAGACUCUCGAUCCGGCUGUUACAUACACCAGACGUCGAGCCUCUCGAGGCACUCCAAGAAUUUCUCCAGGGAUCAUCGAUUCAGAAGUUGGAGCUAGAUUGGCCGGAUUUUGAUCCAGAGGAUCUUGAUGACUUGCUACCGGGUGCGCUGAAAGAGUUGUGGGUUAGGACUUGGUCGAAAGAGAAAGCUUUCGAUGUCCUGUGGCAGCUCAUCAAGAGUCGAGAGGCGGGCGGCUUGUAUGAGUUGAGGAGAGUAGUGUUGGUGAGG